AUGUUCCGCUCUGUCGUGCCGCGCCUUGCCGGGCGCAUUUCUUCGAAAACUACUCCCAAAAUAGCCUUUCAACAGCCAUUCCAAGUCUCCAGUCUUUAUAUUUUCGGCCAGUCAAAAAGAGGUUACGCCACUGAAUCAGAGGAGCACGAUUUGGUUAUAAUAGGUGGGGGUGUUGCUGGGUACGUUGCCGCUAUUAAAGCCGGGCAGGAAGGGCUAAAGACUGCCUGUAUUGAAAAACGAGGAGCUUUGGGCGGUACAUGUCUCAAUGUGGGAUGUAUUCCUUCCAAAUCUCUCCUAAAUAACUCCCAUCUCUACCACCAAGUCCUGCAUGACACCAAAAAGCGCGGUAUCGAAGUCGGCGAUGUAAAGCUUAACUUGAAACAAAUGAUGAGCGCCAAAGACACGUCCGUCGAUUCCCUUACGAAAGGUAUCGAGUUUCUUUUCAAGAAGAAUAAGGUAGAAUAUGUCAAGGGAACAGGAUCGUUCAUCGAUCAGCAUUCUGUUAAAGUUGACUUGUUGGAUGGUGGGGAACGAACUUUGCGCGCGAAGAACAUCAUUAUCGCAACAGGCAGCGAGGCCACUCCCUUCCCAGGUCUUACUAUCGAUGAAAAAAGGGUUAUCACCAGCACCGGAGCCCUAUCUUUGCAAGAGGUCCCCAAGAAAAUGGUUGUCAUUGGCGGUGGAAUCAUCGGCUUAGAAAUGGCCUCUGUUUGGUCGCGACUAGGUGCUGAAGUUACUGUUGUGGAAUUCCUCAAUCAGAUCGGUGGACCUGGUAUGGAUACUGAAAUUGCCAAACAGACCCAAAAAAUUCUCUCCAGACAGGGGUUGAAGUUUAUGGUUGGCACCAAGGUCACCAAGGGUGAUGAUAGUGGUGAAACAAUUAAACUUGACGUUGAAGCUGCUAAAGGUGGAAAAGAACAAACUUUGGAUGCAGAUGUCGUUCUUGUUGCUAUUGGUCGACGUCCUUUCACCCAAGGCCUUGGACUUGAGAAAAUAGGCCUUGAGGUGGAUGAGAAAGGGCGCGUGAUCAUCGAUCAACAAUACCGCACCAAGGAAUCCCACAUUCGUGUGGUUGGAGACUGCACAUUUGGCCCCAUGUUGGCACACAAGGCUGAAGAAGAAGCUGUUGCCGCAAUUGAAUAUAUCAAAAAGGGCCACGGUCAUGUCAAUUACAAUGCCAUCCCUAGCGUUAUGUAUACACAUCCCGAAGUUGCGUGGGUUGGUCAAAAUGAGGCAGACCUGAAAGCUGCCGGCAUCAAAUAUCGAGUUGGCACAUUCCCCUUCAGCGCCAACUCCCGUGCCAAGACGAAUCUUGAUUCAGAAGGUCAAGUUAAGUUCCUUGCCGACGAGAAAACAGACCGCAUUCUUGGCGUACACAUUGUCGGACCCAAUGCUGGCGAAAUGAUUGCAGAGGCCACGCUUGCUGUUGAGUAUGGUGCUAGCUGCGAAGACGUUGCACGCACUUGCCACGCCCAUCCGACUCUGGCGGAAGCCUUCAAGGAGGCGGCAAUGGCUACUUAUUCCAAAGCAAUUCACUUUUAG